AAGUAUAUAAAACUGGAAAGCAAAUUAAUUCGUCUAGGGUCAUUUCUGUCACAGUUAGCUGGUGCCAUGGAGCCUCUAGGGACAGUGACCAUUUUGAUGAUCAUAUGUAUCUCUUGCCUUGUUUUCCUUGCAGUCAGGAGCAGGACGCCAGAGAAUGCAAAGCAGCUGCCGCCUGGCCCACCUCCACUGCCCAUCGUAGGGAACGCUCUGCAGGUGAAGACCAACAACCUGGCCCAGGUUCUCCAGGAGUUUAGUGAGAAGUAUGGCUCUGUGUUCACAAUGUAUUUUGGAGCAGAACGUGUUGUGGUGCUGCACGGCUAUGAUGCAGUGAAAGAAGCACUGAUCGACCGUGGAGAUGAAUUUGCUGCCAGGGGACCCCUGCCGAUAGCUGAUGAUAUCAACAAAGGAUUAGUUCCAGGAAUUGUAUUCAGCAAUGGGGAGGUGUGGAAGGAGCUCCGGCGUUUUGCCCUUACCACCCUGCGCAACUUUGGGAUGGGAAAGAAAAGUAUUGAGGAGAGGAUCCAGGAGGAAGCACAGUUCCUGCUAGAAAAGCUCCAGGACACUCAAGAGAAGCCCUUGGAUCCAACCUACCCGCUCAGUUGCGCUCUCUCCAAUGUCAUUUGUGCAAUUGUCUUUGGGAAACGAUAUGAUUAUAAUGACAAGAAGUUCCUAUCCAUUAUGAGCUUAAUGAAUGAAAACUUUCAGAUUUUUAGCUCUUCUUGGGGUCAGCUCUACAACCUCUUCCCUUCUUUGAUGAAACGCAUUCCUGGGCCCCACCACAAAGUGCUGAAAAACAACUUGGCAACCAGAGAGUUUGUUCUGGAGGAGGUUGAAGAGCACAAGGCCACUCUGGACCCCAGCUCACCUCGGGAUUUUAUCGACUGCUUCCUUAUGAAAAUGGAUCAGGAAAAAGGUAAUAGUGCAUCCCAUUUCACCAUUGAAAACUUGGCCAUAAGCACAGUUGACUUGUUUGCGGCUGGAACAGAGACCACCAGCACCACCCUGCGAUACGGGCUUAUGACCCUCCUCAAAUACCCAGAGAUACAAGAGAAAGUGCAUGAAGAAAUUGACCGAGUUAUUGGCCGAUCACGAAGUCCUUGCAUGGCAGAUCGUGGGGAAAUGCCUUACACAGAUGCUGUCAUCCAUGAGAUCCAGAGGUUCAUCUCUCUCAUCCCACUGAGCCUCCCUCAUGCAGUACUCAAAGACACACCAUUCAGACAAUAUGUCAUUCCAAAGGGCACUACCAUAUAUCCUAUUCUGACGUCUGUGCUACAUGACAGCAAGGAAUUUCCAAAUCCUAAAGAAUUUGACCCAGGACAUUUCUUGCACAAAGAUGGCACCUUCAGGAAGAGUGACUAUUUCAUGCCUUUCUCAGCAGGGAAGCGGAUAUGUGUGGGAGAAGGUCUGGCCCGUAUGGAGAUCUUCCUUUUCUUGACCACCAUAUUACAGAACUUCACUCUGAAGUCCAUCAUUGACCCCAAGGACAUCGAUAUCACACCGGUGUUGAGCAGCAUAGGCAACUGCCCUCGGCCCUAUCAGCUCUGCAUUGUCCCUCGCUGAAAAGCCUGCCUCAGGAGGGCUGCACGUGUGGAAAAGUCGCAGCCUGGCAAAUCUUUGUUCAAAGAACUCGUAACACAAUAUCUCCUCAUGUGUGGAGCCCUAUCUUCUUACCUGACUAUUCAUGGAACCUUUACUUUGGGAGUCUUGCUACAGAUUAUUGCACAUUGAAGACAUUAUUGCAAUGGACAAAUAGCAGGAUUUAGAAAUUAGUCACACAC